AUGGAAAGAAAAUAUAAUAUAUUAGCUUACAAAAAAAGAAAAACAUAUUUUAGGUUGGAUGUUUUAUUGUUUAUAUUUUAUGCAUAUUUUUUGCACUUAAUUUUUAAAAAUAAAAAAUUUGAAGCUCAACCAGAAGAUUAUGAAUAUUUCGAGAAAUUAAAAACAGAACUUGACAAUAAUGAUAUAUUUCAUUCUAAUAAUAACUCCUUUUCUACUAGUAAGUGGUUAUAUGGUAAAAAUAACGAAAAUGAUGGAAAUAAAUUAAAUAAAUUGAAAAUAAAAAAAGGAAAAACGAAUAAUAAAGGAAAUAGUGAUAAUACAUUUAAACCGAUAAUAAUAGGAAAGUAUAAUUUAAUAUACAUUUUUUAUAGUAUCGAGUUUGUAUGCUUAUUAAUAUUUAUUGCAUUUCAUUUAUUAACAUUUCUAUUAUCCCAAUGGAACCUAAGUAUAAACUUAUUUAUUGCAUAUAUCAGAUUAAGUAACAAAGAGCGCGAUAAAUAUAUAUAUAACUUGCAAAAAUUUUGCACACAUAUAUAUAUUAAGCCUAUAAAAUCAGAAAGAUUUCAAAAAAUAAAUAAACAAAAAGGAUUGUCAAAAUGUGUUAAAAAUUGUUUGCCUAAUAAAAAUGAUACAAAACAAAAAGAGCGAUUUAAUACAGAUUAUAAUUUGUAUAAACCUAAAUCUAUUUUAGUAGAAUUAAAAAAGGAAAAUAAUGACAUAUAUUUUUUUUAUAAACACAAAAAAUAUAUAUUCAAUUAUGAAACAUUGAAUUUUGAAUCUGUAAAGCAUUUCGACAUUUUUAAUUUACCAUUUUAUUUAAAUUGGAAAGGAUUAAUUGAAUGUGAACAUAAGAUUCCUUGUCAGGAAAAUCUUGUAAAAAAAAUACAUAAAGAAUCGGAAUUACUUUAUAUUGAUAGUAAUGCAGAAUCGAGUUAUAUAAAUGGAUGGAAAAAUUUAAUUAACAACAUAAAAGAAUUAUAUGAGGGUAUAUGUUUUAAGAAAAAUACGAGAAAUAAAUGCAAUAGUAUUGGGAAUAAUGGGGAAUUGAAUGAACAUGUAAAUUACCAAUUAAAAGAUGGAUAUGAAAUUUCUGGAAAAAUCAAUAAAAAAAUAGGAAUAACUAAUAUUAGUAAUAUAAAUAAUAAUUUUGAUAGUUAUCAUUGUAAAAAAAACUAUUUUGAAAUACCAUAUGAUUUAUAUGUACACAAUAAUUUAAGUAAAUAUGGAGAGAAUAUAUAUGAUAUACCAUCACCUUGUUUUAAAAAAUUAUUAUAUGAAGCAAUGUUAUCGCCAUUUUUCAUUUUUCAAUUUUUUAGCAUUAUAUUAUGGAUGCUUGAUAGUUAUUGGUAUUUUGGUAUAUUUUCGAUAUUUAUUUUAAUAGUUUUAGAAUCCCAAUUAAUUAAUAAAAGGAUAAGAGAAUUUAAUCUUAUAAAUAGUAUGAAAAUGUCUCCUCAAAAUGUUUAUGUAUAUAGAAAUUUGCAAUGGAAAAUAAUAAAAUCGAAUUAUUUACUUCCUGGUGAUAUAUAUAUAUUAACAAAUGAUAUAAAUGGUAAUGAUAAUAUAUGUACAUGUGAAACGUUACUAUUAGAAGGUAUGUGCAUAACUGAUGAAUCUAUACUCACAGGGGAAUCUAUCCCAUUGAUAAAAGCAUCUAUUGAUAAAUGUGUGGAUAUGCAUAAUAAUGAUAAUUGUAAUGACAAUAAAAACAUAGAUGAAAUAUAUUAUUCUUCAUAUUUUGAAAAAAUAGAUAUAAAAAAUAAACACAAAAAACAUGUAGUAUAUGCUGGCUCAAAUAUAUUAUUAACAAAAAAUGAAAAUACAGAAUUUAAUAAUUCAAAAUUACCAAUUACAGGAUGUGUAGGUAUUGUAUUAAAAAAUGGAUUUUCAACAUAUCAAGGAAAAUUAGUUAGAACCAUAAUAAAUACAUCUGAAAAAAUAAAUUCAUCGAGUACUGACUCUAUAAUAUUUUUAUUUAUUUUAUUAUUUUUUUCUAUAACAUCAUGUGUAUACGUAGUUUAUACAUUAUUAAAAACAACAAAUGAAAGAAAUUUGUAUAAAAUUCUUUUAUCUGCUUCACAUAUUAUUACAGCAGUUAUACCCCCAGAAUUUCCAAUUACAUUAUCUUUAGGGGUAACUAUAUCUAUUGUUUAUUUAUACAAUUUAAAAAUAUAUUGCACAGAACCAUUUAGAUUACCAUUUUCUGGAAAAUCAAAUAUAUGCGCAUUUGAUAAAACUGGAACAUUAACAGAAGACAACAUGAUAGUUUUAGGUUUAUUUGGUUUAGAUAAUAAAAUUAAUCAUAUAUAUGAAUCAAAUCAAUCUAUUAUUAAUAAACAAAGAAUUCCAUUUCUUUCUUUGGCAGUUAUUAGUGGAUGUCAUUCUUUAUGCACUGUUAAUAAUAAAUUGUUAGGAGACCCGCUCGAAAAAAAUAGUUUUUUAAAAUUGAAUUGUAAUAUGAAAAAUUUAGAUAAUAUAUAUGUCAGAAGUAGUAGUUAUGUAUCCAAAAGUGGAAAUGAUAUUACUUCUGAUGGGGGAAAUAAAUUUUCUGAAUUUUUUAUUUCUAGUAAAUCUUUAACUAAUUUAAAUAAAAAUAUAUCAAAUUCUGGUAAAGAAAAUAGACAAGUGAAAAAUAAUAUGGUUGAAAAUUUUUUUAUAUAUAAACGAUUUUUUUUCUCAUCUGAUCUUCAAAGAAUGACGUGUAUUUUACAACAUACUGGAUAUGAAGGUGACUGGUAUGGUGAAUUAUAUGAAUCUGAUAAUGAUACAAAUGCUGAAGAAUUUUGUAAUGAUAUAGAAAAUAAUAUUAUUAAUAAAAGCCUUUCAAAUUUAAAUAAAUUAAAAAAAAAAAAAAAACGAAAUAUGACUAGUAAUUCUAUUACGGGGUCUACUAUUAAUAGAAGUAAUCAUAAAAAUGAUAUGAUAAAACAAUAUAUAGUUGUUAGUAAAGGAUCCCCUGAAAUAAUGAAAAAUUUUUUAAAAGAAAUCCCAGAAAAUUAUGAUAAAAUAUUGAAUAGUUUAUCUAUAAAAGGUUAUCGUGUUAUUUGUUUAGCUGCUAAUAUAUUAGAUAAUAAAAUAAUUAACAAAAAUUUAAAAAGAGAAAAAAUAGAAAAAAAUUUAUAUUUUUGUGGAUUUUUAGCAUUUUUAUGUCCAAUAAAAAUAUCGACACCUAUUUACAUUUCAGAUAUAAAAAAUGCUGGAAUUAAAAAUAUUAUGAUAACAGGGGAUAAUGCUUUAACUGCUUGCCAAGUUGCUCAAGAUGUGAAUAUGAUACCUUCUGUAAAAGAUAAAGAUAUUUUAAUUUUGAAACUAAAGGAAUCUUAUAAUAAAGGAAAUAAUUUAUAUUUAAAAAAAUGUGAAACAUCACUAAGUGUAGGUGAUGAUAAACAAUUUUUUAUCGACGAAAUUAAAAAAAAUACAAUUUCAAAUGAAGAUAAAAUUGAUAUAUUAAAAAAGGAAACUAUAUCUGUUUUAAAAAAUAUUUACAAAGAAGAUUUGAAUAAAAAAAAAAUAGUUGAACACUUAAUUAAUAUUAUAGAAAAUGAAAAAAAUAUAAAUAAUAUGUUAUUUUUUAGCAAUAGAGAAAAUAAAAAAAUAAUACCAUUUUUCAUAGGAAAUGAAGAAUAUAUAAAAUUAUGUUCUGAAUUAUUUACCUUAUGUAUAACAGGAAAUAUAAUUGAAUAUUUUCUUAGAAAAUAUAAAAAUAAUAUAAAUUUGAUUGAUAUGUUAAUAAAUAAAGUUCAUAUAUUUUGUAGAGUAUCUCCAAAAAAUAAAGAAAUAAUUAUUAAAACAUUAAAUAAGUUAGGAAAUAUAACAAUUAUGUGUGGAGAUGGUACUAAUGAUAUGGCUGCAUUGAAAGCAGCACAUGUAGGCAUAUCGCUAUUAAGUAUAAAAAUAUGCUAUAAAAAUAAAGAUUUGAAAACUAAAAUUGAUGGAAAUAGUAAUUAUAUGCACGGGAAAUCAAUAAUAGAACAUCGAGAUGAAUAUUAUGAAAAUAAUGUUCCUAAUAUUAACAAUUGUAUUAACGAUUAUAACAAUGUGCGUGCAAAGUAUGGUAAUAUUCGACCAUACAAUCUUGAUAAUAAUAUGAAUGCAAAAUAUUAUGAACAAAUAAAAUUAUAUAAUGAAAGAAAAAAACAAUUAGAAAAUAUGAUGAAAACUAUGGAUGAUUCAUUACCACUAAUUAAAUUAGGAGAAGCAAGUAUAGCAUCUCCAUUUACAUACAAAGGAAAUGAUAUAAAAUGUGUUAAGGAAAUAAUAUCUUGUGGUAGAUGUGCCUUAUCAAAAGUUAUUAUGAUGUACAAACUUAUGAUUAUAAAUUCAUUAAUAACAGCUUUCUCUGUAUCUAUAUUAACAUUAGAUGGGGUCAAAUUGAGCGAUGCGCAAACUACUGUUAUAUCUUUGCUAUAUACAACCUUUAUAGUUUUAAUAUCUAAAACAACACCAUUGGAAAGCAUAUCUAGUUAUGCUCCCCCAAAUUCCCUUUUUAAUAUUACUGUUGUUUUAUCUUUAUUAUGCCAAGUUAUAGUUCAUUUUUCUAUUUUAAUUUAUGGAUGGAUUGUAGCUAGCUCAUUUAGAGACCCAUAUUAUGUACCAGAUUUAAAAGGAGAUUUUUCUCCUAAUAUAGUUAAUACUUGUAUUUAUUAUUUAAUUUAUUGUAUAAACUUAUCAAUUUUUUUAUGCAAUUAUGAAGGAUUACCUUUUAUGUUACCAUUACACAAAAAUAAAGAGCUUGUUUAUAUAUUUAUAGGGAAUUUUUUUUUCUUGUUUUUAAAUAUAAUGAAUAUAGUUCCAUAUAUUAAUUAUUUUUUUUCGCUUGUUCCAUUCCCUACUUAUCGCUUGAAAUUUUUAUUUUUGUCUUUGAUGAUUUUAGAUAUUUUAGCGCCUUAUAUGUUUUGUAAUUUUAUUAGAUAUAUCAGAUUGUAUAUAUUUCAAAAAUAUAAAAUUAAUCUGUAA